AUGUGCACCUUCCUUUGGGCUACUGAUCGCCCUGUUCUGCGUUUGGGGGAGGAUCUGAGGGAACAAGCCUUGCAUGGUGGUGUUGCUUCUCUCCAGACUUAUUCAGAUCUGGCUGUGUUGAAUCUGGAGCGUGCACAGCUGAAUUACAAGUUGAGACCCAAAUGGCACGCCUAUGCCCAUAUGAUUUUCGAUCUGCAAUUUUCGGAUGAGAAUUGUCGAGUCCACAAGACCUUAAGUGAGGAGACUAUGUUGGGCAAGAUCACAAAACUGGCUGCCCAAUGUCCUGGCAGCAAUGUAUUGGAACGUUUCUUCCAAAGGUUUUGCCUGUUUCUGGCAUUUCAUUGGGAGUAUAUUAGGGCCAACGAAGUCCCACAAGUUGACUGA